AAUCUCGGUUAUAUUUAGCUAAAAUGAGCCCGAAUUGAAAAAUCUGAAAAUAUCAAUCACCCAGAAGAAAUUGUAACAAUGAGAGCCAAUCAUUCACCACCGUGAACAAAAUAGUGAGGAAUGGGUACCACAGCCACAGCUCUCAUCCCCCAUUUGCAGCUCCAUGGCUGCUUCUAUCGGUGCUUUGAUUCUAUUAAAAACCACCAACAGCAACCAGCUUCUUUGCAAUUCAACAAUAAUUCUUCUUCUUCUUCUUUGAGGAGAGGGAGAUUGAGAUUCGAUGGUUCGCCUAACACGAGAAGUUUCAGUAAAGUCGUUUGUUUCGCUGCUGUUGAUGAUGAUAUUGGCGAGAAGCAGUUGGAUUCACCUACUACUAGCUCCGCUCUUGAGGAUAGGGCUGAUAUGCUUGACAGCUCACAAGAAAACUUUGGUCAAGAUACUGAAGGAAGUGCAAUCUAUAAUUUCCUGUAUCCAAGUAAAGAGCUCCUUCCAGAUGAUAAAGAAAUGAGUAUAUUCGAUCAUCUUGAAGAGCUGCGCCAGAGGAUAUUUGUGUCAGUUUUGGCUGUUGGAGGUGCUAUCUUGGGAUGCUUCGCAUUUUCGAAGGAACUUAUUAUGCUUCUUGAAGCUCCUGUUAAAGUACAGGGUGUACGAUUUCUGCAACUAGCUCCUGGGGAGUUUUUCUUUACUACUUUAAAGGUAUCAGGAUACUGUGGACUUCUUCUGGGAAGCCCAAUUAUUCUGUAUGAAAUUAUAGCCUUUGUUCUCCCAGGUUUAACAAGAGCUGAAAGAAGGUUUUUGGGGCCAAUUGUUUUAGGCUCUUCUGUACUUUUUUAUGCAGGCAUCGCCUUCUCCUAUUUGGUUUUGACUCCAGCAGCUUUGAACUUUUUCGUUAGUUAUGCAGAAGGGGUUGUGGAAUCAUUAUGGUCCAUCGACCAGUACUUUGAGUUUGUGCUUGUGCUUAUGUUCAGCACAGGGCUAUCUUUCCAGGUUCCUGUUAUACAAUUCCUACUUGGACAAGUCGGUCUGGUGUCAGGAGACCAAAUGUUAUCAAUUUGGAGAUACGUGGUUGUUGGGGCAGUCGUUGCAGCUGCUGUACUAACACCGUCAACCGAUCCUCUUACUCAGAUGCUUCUAGCAGCACCCCUUCUAGGUCUUUAUCUGGGGGGUGCAUGGGUGGUCAAGCUCACGGGCCGAUAAUUGAUAUUUUUACAUGUUGUAAGCUGUCAGUGCAUUUAGAGGGCAUGAAUAGCCCCUGUAUAUUUGUCACACAUGAUAUUUGGGAGUGAAUUGGGUAUCAAAGGGAAGGAGGAUUAUCUCCAGUUUGACUUGUACCAAUGAGGAAGAGUUUUCCUGGUUUUGUAAUGAAAUGCGUUAGUACAGUGGAUUAGUUUACUUAGCAGGGAAAUCUUUCCAAAGCUAUUGUUAUGUACAUUUAGCCACAUUUGAAAUUACCAAGGUAAAAAUUUAUUAAUAGAAUAAUAACACGUUAUUCGUUU